AACCCGCAUGGACCUAUGGACUUCGGGGGCAUCGCAGUGUUUCCACCUGCAGCCCGGCGAGGAGAAGGGAGGACAGCAGCCGUUAGUCUACUGGACGCGGCUCCGUCUGCAGCGUCUGAAUAUCUCCUGGUCGCAGAAAUGAGUGGGAGAGUGGGAGACCUGAGCCCUAAACAGGCAGAAGCACUGGAGCAGUUUCGAGAGAGGAUACAAGAUAUUCUUCCUCAACUUCCUGCCCAGAAUGACCACUUCUUGUUACGUUGGCUAAGAGCGAGAAACUUCAACAUCCAGAAGUCUGAGGCCAUGGUGCGAAAGCAUGUGGAGUUCAGGAAACACAUGAGUGACACAAUUACCACAGAUUGGCGUCCACCAGAGGUGAUAGAGAAGUACCUGUCCGGAGGGAUGUGUGGUUAUGACCGGGAGGGCAGUCCCAUCUGGUAUGAUGUCAUCGGACCCGUAGAUCCCAAAGGCCUCUUCCUGUCUGCAUCGAAGCAGGACUUCAUCAAGUCCAAGAUCAGAGACUGUGAGAUGCUGCGCAAGGAGUGUACCCUCCAGACACAGAAGCUUGGGAGGAACGUGGAGUCAAUCACCAUGAUCUAUGACGUUGAAGGUCUGGGUCUGAAACACUUAUGGAAGCCUGCUAUAGAAACAUAUGGAGAGAUCCUCCAGAUGUUUGAAGAAAACUACCCAGAAGGCUUGAAAAGGCUGUUUGUGAUCAAAGCUCCCAAACUCUUCCCUGUGGCCUACAACCUCAUCAAACACUUCCUGAGUGAGAUUACAAGACAGAAGAUCCAUAUUCUCGGGGCUAACUGGCAGGAGGUUUUACUGAAGUACAUCGAUGCAGAGGAGCUUCCAGUGGUCUACGGCGGCAAACUGACGGACCCUGACGGAGAUCCUCGCUGUCGGACGAAGAUAAACCACGUUGGCCCAGUUCCCACAUCAUACUACGUAAGAGACCAUGUGAAGGUGGACUACGAGCAGUGUAUGACCAUCAGUCGAGGAUCCACCCAACAGCUGGACUAUGAGAUCCUGUUCCCAGGCUGCGUUCUCAGAUGGCAGUUUGCCACUGAAAGUGCAGAUAUUGGUUUUGGGGUGUUUAUGAAAGCUAAAAAGGGCGAAUGGAAGAAGGCUGCACAGAUGGAGGAAAUUGUGCCGAGCCAGCGCUACAACUCCCACUUAGUUCCCGAGGACGGAUCACUAACCUGUGAGCGCCCAGGAGUCUAUGUUUUGAGGUUUGACAACACUUACAGCAUCUUCCAGGCCAAAAGAAUCAGCUUCACGGUGGAGGUCCUGCUCCCUGACCACCUACAGACCCCAAAGACCCCAAAGACCCCACAGACCCCACAGACCCCACAGACCAACGGAGGGUCCGUCAACGAUGUGCAAGCUGAGGCAAACAGCCAAUGAUAUCCAAGAAGAUGAUACAGUGUGCCACUGGAUGGGUAAUGUUUGGCCGCACAAGAAAAAGCACACAUUUAAAUGAACAGGAACUGUUACAUGUUGAAACGUGCUGCCUAUAAGCCAAAGUGAAAUAUACGUAUUGAAUGGAAAUGUUAACAUCUCAAUGUUUGACCCUUUAAUUAUUUUCAGUUAUGACCGUAUUCAUUUUCAAUUUUGCAUCCAAAAUUUAGUUUGUGUCGAGAUGGUUCCCCAGAUGCUACACUUCCUUUUUCUUUUUUAGUUUUGAAACCCCAGGUGUUUUUUCCCUGUGAAGCCAAUUAUUUUAUUUUAGCCCAAACAAGGUUCUUGUCCUAAAAUCAGUACAGUACAAAAUGUAAAGCAGUUUAAAAGUGUUGGUUUGAAAAGUAUAUGGUAAGGUUUGGGAUAAGAUUAUGGUUUGGGCUUGAUAAUAAACCAAGAAAGGAAUUUAUAGGACAUGUUAAAUAUCCCAUCUUCUUUUCUAUAUAGGCCUCUUUGUUUGUUAUAUCACGGUACAUGAUCACAAACAAUGUGCACAGUUUAAUUACAAUGCAAACACAUGCUGUAGAGUCUUGUAGAUCAUGUGUUACCACUUAGACGUGACCUGGAGAUCACUUUAUAAACUUCAACAUUAUGCAUCUGUGUUUAAGGCCAAAACAGCUUAAUUUAAAUAUUGAGGUCACUUUACCACUGUUGAGGAGUACAACUGCAUACUUGAAAAUAGUUUAGUGAAGUACAAAGCCUGUUGUGGCUGUAGAGGGACCCUCAUGGAUUCAGCUGCUCGAAUUGCUGUCACUUGAGUCAGUGAUGCUUUGAAAAAAAGUCUAAGUGAAGUGAGAAUAAGUCUGUAGCUUACUGCACUCUAAAAUCCAAAACAAAUCAUUCUGUGGUCAUGUUGCAUUGUGGGCAAUGUAGGCGCAAGGUUUUUGAAGGAAAAGAACUUCAUAUAUAACCAUGACCGUCUAUGACUAUUCACCAUGACAUAAAUCAUUCCCAUGACAGUCGAAGUCUUAUACUGUGUCUUACUUCAUGUAUUGUUGUGUUAUUGUUUGUUUUAUUACAGUUUUGAGAAUUUAAAGAAAUGGUGCACAUUUAAUUUCUCGUAGGUUUUGCUUAUCUUUUGAAAACUGUUUACAUUUGUUUCUCAUUGGAUGAACCUCAGGUGUUUGUCUUUCUCCUUGGACAUUCACAGAAAACAUUCCUUUGUAUGAUCAAGCACUUCUAAUUUAUUUCCAAAAGAGUGUGGGGAGAAACAAAAGAUUAUUUAAAUUAGUCAAAUAUUAGAGUCUCUAUAUCAAUAUAUACGAUAUUCUGUAAUACUAAAUACUGUUUUUACAGAGGAUCAUUCAUGUUUCAAACAAUAUUCAAUAUAUCUUAAAACUCAUGUUAAAUUAUUGGCAGUGAACUGAAUGUCGAGUGAGGCUGAAUUUUCUCUUUAUUUUCAUAUUCAGAAUGUAAAAACUCUAAGAGAAUUCAAGAGAGACUUGUUGAUGAUGUGAUGAAGGUGUGAUGUUAACAGCAGUAAGAGAAAUGAAUAAAUCUGUUGACAACUCUCAAAAUGCCA